AUGAGAUAUGAUUUCAACAAAUUCCGCACUUGGAACAUCGGUUACACUGAUCGUACUAUCUUAAAAUGGUUCUCUGUUGGCUUGGCUGAUGAAUUAAGAUUUUCAUUUCUUGUCAGCUUCCAACCUCUUUCACCAGAGUCCUUUGAGACAAAAUCAGGCAUGCAGCCUCUCUCUUUGGUUUCAACUCAUCAAGGUUGCAGUGAAGGAAUAAAGAAUGAGCUUAUACAAACACCAUGGCUUUUGAUUGCUGCAAAAGUGAAGAAGGAUUUGCUUUUGUCAUUUCAACAUAUGAAGCGUAAGAUGGAGGAAGCUGUUAUGGCACAAAUGUCUGUAGUUGCUCGUUUUGGAAAAAUUCUCUUAUGGGGGAGUUCUUCAAUUGGUAAAGAUAGCCUAAAACUUAACUCAUUGACUGAAACUACUUUGAGAAAAAUGAAAGGAUCUUUCCAUACUGAUGUUCCUCCUUCGUAUAUGGAUUAUGUAGAAAAUCGAGUAGUGGAGAAUCUCGGACAAGAAUAUGUGCAAGGGAAAGAACUGUACUAUGUUAAGCUUUCCGAUAAGUUGAGAACUGAAUCAAUUGUUUCCUGCAAAUGUACUGUGGCAAAAGAUCAUAAUAAGAUUCAGCCUUACAAGAUUGAGUUGAACCGAGUACGCCACAUGGUUGCAGACAUGAGCAUUCUUGGAAAGAGCUCAGAUCUAAGAUUGUUUGUAUAUACCAAGAAAAUCAAGAAGGUUUUAUCUGUAAGUUAUUUGCUUUGUUCAAAUACAGAGAUAUCUUCAACUGGUGAGGUUGCACAGGAAGCUAACCUGAAAAUGUCUGGGAUUUUAUCCCAAUUGCAGGAGCAAACGAUUGACGAAAACCUGGUGCUUAAAAUGAUUGAAGACAACUUGAAGUUAAUCUGGGAUCACUGUUUGCAUGAUGGUUCUUCAAGCUGA